AUGAGGAAGCUCACCAAAUCAGCAGUCAUCGGCACUAAAAGGAAACAUCCAUCCAAUGAGAAAGGUUCAAUACGUAAUAGCACGGGUACAUUGCCAUUAACAGACUUGACUAAUGUGCAAUCAACUUCUGGAAUUGCUUCUCAACGUUGCCAAUACACACCAACAAACUUCAUGAGUGGUGGCCAAUUGACGUCAACUCACGUUACUAGAGUGCAAUCAACGGGUGGAAUAUCAUCUAAAGUAUUUCAAGACACACCAUCAAACUUGAGGAGUGUUGGGCACUUAACUUCCUCUUUCGUUACUAAAGUGCAAUCAAUGCCGUCAAAAUCAUCUCAAGUAUUGGCCGAGACACCAACAAACUUUAGUAGUGCUAUUCACUUCACGUCCAGUGUCUCUAAAAAAGUGCAAUCCACCGGUGGAAUAUCAUCUAAAGUAUUUCAAAACACCCCAUCAAACUUUAGGAGUGUUGGGCACUUGACGUCCUCUGUCGUUACUAAAGUGCAAUCAAUGCCUCCAAUAUCAUCUCAAGUAUUGGCGGACACACCAACAAACUUGAGGGCUACUAUUAACUUGACCUCCAGUGUAAACACUAAAGUGCAAGCAUCUCGGGGAAGAUCAUCUAAAUCAUUUCAGGUGAACACAACAAACUGUCAUGCAAUAGGGCAAUUGCUUUCACAAAACCACACUACAGAGACGAGAAAUGCAACAAACAGGAUGAGGUCAAAUGUAACAAUCCACCCGGCUCGCAAUUUAGAAGAGGAAUUUUCAGCUACAUUGCAAGAUACAAGCAAAGUAAUGGACGAGAAUGGUGUUGUUGUGAUCUACAAUGAUAUUGGCGACCCCAACAAUAUUUGUGAUCAUUGCCAUGCAAUUUUCUGGUAUGGAGAACGUAUUGAUAAGGAGGUUAGGCACGGUAUUCCUAAGUAUUCUACAUGCUGUUUUCAUGGCAAGAUCAAGCUUCCGAGAUUGGGGGUACCGCCAACAAGAAUAUACAACUUAUUUUUUGGCCAGGGAGAUAAACGUAUGGAAUUUUUGAAAAACAUUAGGAUGUAUAAUAACAUGUUCUCUUUUACAUCCUUGGGAGCAAAAGUAGAUACAUCUAUAAAUAUUGGGAAUGCCCCACCAAUAUUUAGAAUUAAUGGUCAAAACUUCCAUUUAAUGGGAGGGUUGCUUUCGCAAGACGGUAGUAGCCCAAAAUUUGCUCAGUUGUACAUACAUGACACGGAGAAUGAGGUGGAGAAUCGCAUCAACGCAUUUAGGGGCGAUCAACCGACUACGGAAACCCAUCUUCAAAUAGUGCAGGACAUAAAACAAGAUUUGGAUGAUCACAAUGUCUUGGUCAAAUGUUUCCGUUGGGCUCAAAAUCAUAUUAAAUCCAAUCCACAAUCAGAGUUCAAGAUGAGAUUGAUUGGUAAGCGUAAUGGUGAUGCGAGAACUUACAACUUGCCCACUGUAUCGGAAGUCGCUGCACUUAUAGUGGGUGAUCUUGAUCCUGCGCUUGGUCAUAGGGAUAUUAUUGUAGAGACAAAAGCUGGGUAUCUUAAGCGGAUAAACGAGUUGAACCCUGCGUACUUACCAUUACAGUAUCCGCUGUUGUUCCCUUUCGGGGAAGACGGAUAUAGGGAGGACAUUCAAUUCAAUUUGGAUAGGCUCAGAACGACCGGGGGCAGAAAUAAGGUUUCACAAAGAGAAUUCUUUGCGUAUAGGAUACAUGAGCGUUUCGGUGAACUCUCUACGUUAUUACAUGCAAAGAGACUUUUCCAGCAGUUCCUGGUUGACGCAUACACAAUGGUUGAAUCAAGCCGGCUACUAUAUAUCCGAAAUAACCAAAGAGCGCUACGCUGCGAGGCAUACAAGGGUCUUUCAGAUGCUUUGACGCGAGGGGAGGUUGAUACUGUCAAUCAAGGAAAAAGAAUCAUCUUUUACCAUCAAGUUUCACAGGUGGGGCUAGGUAUAUGA